AUGCCUUCGAAGAAGAAGCAGUCGAGGACGCCGUCACGGCUUUCCAAUUCGGAACCGCCUGCGUCCCCAAGAACUCCGGCGUCUUCAACAACGGGUCGAGAUACAGAUUACAACAACGAUGAGGAGCUCAGGCGCAGUAUUGAAGAAGCUUCCGCUGCGUUUCCUUGUCUCCUCGGAAAAUCUGCAAUCAUCGGAAGAGUAGCCGAUGUUGCGUCCGAGUCUAUCAGAGGCUCUAAGAUUUGGCUAUCGGAAAGUUCGAUGGUCGCUGCUUCCCUCAGCCCUGGCUCUACUGUUUCGGUAUCACUUGCUUGCCCAGAAAGUAGAUUCUCGAACAGAUUCCCUCUCAGCUCGAUCAAAGCUGAAUAUGGAGUUGAAUGCGAGAGUAGCAGCAUUGAUGAUGACGAACCAGGGAACUAUUUUGUUCUUGCCACCGUUUUCUCUUCUUCAAAGGUUUUGAAAGAUGCUGUUCGUAUUUCAAUGAAUCUUUGCUAUGGGCUUGGUUGUCCUGUUUUAGGCAGGACUGUGUUUGUUUAUCCUGUAAGCAGACCUUCUUUAAGUGAUCAGUUCAACGGGAAUGGUGGAACGCAAGAAAAUGAUGUUAACCAUUUUUCUCCGGUUGCCUGCAAAGAGUUGUGUUUAGAGCUGACUCCGUUGAAUAUGUUAGAAGCUAAGAAUGAUGUUCUUUCUAUGGAGAAGCUAUCUCUUGAAAGUUCUCAUGAGGAGAACGGAAAUGGGAGUUUAAGCCCUAAGACGCCAUCAAACUCGCAAAAGCUUACUUCUCCUCGCCAUAAUUCUUCGGCUUCGCCAAUGGCUGAAGACCCUGUUUCCAGUGCCAAGCAGCGGUUAUCAUCUGAAUGUUCGAUUGAUCUACGAGAGGUCUUGAGCAAUGAAAGUUCGAAGAAGCUUUUGCAGAUUUGUGCAAGUUCCUGGCUAUACCCUUGUAGUCUGCUUUAUGGGAAUUUUGUGGCUGUGCCAGUUCUCUCAGAGAUCUGUAUUUUCUGUGUCAAAAGGGCUAAUAAAAAGCCUUAUCAUACAUCAAACAGAAGUCGUGCCUUUGUGAUAAACCGGGAAACUAAAGUAUCCCUCCAUCAUUCACUGGACUUGGUAUCUGAAAUUCGAGAGAGAACAUCUGUGCAGGGUCUGCAGUUCGAUGAUGACGAUGAAGAAGAAAACGUGGGAUGUGAGAUCUCAAAGCUAGGUGGUCUCUCUAAAGAAUAUGCAAUCUUAAGGGACAUUAUUUUUUCCUCAUCCACGAAGAACUCCCUAUCAAGUCUUGGUUUGCGACCUACAAAAGGAGUGCUUAUUCACGGACCUCCAGGCACAGGAAAGACGUCUUUGGCUCGGUCAUUCGCCCGUGAGUCUGGUGUCAACUUUUUCUCUGUGAAUGGACCUGAGAUAGUAAGCCAGUAUUUGGGAGAAAGCGAGAAAGCUCUAGAUGAAGUUUUCAGAUCUGCUAGCAAUGCUGCACCUGCUGUGGUGUUCAUUGAUGACUUGGAUGCCAUUGCUCCAGCACGGAAACAAGGAAGUGAAGAAUUGUCUCAGAGGAUGGUAGCUACAUUACUGAAUUUAAUGGAUGGAAUAAGUAGGAGUGAUGGCGUUGUUGUAAUUGCUGCAACCAAUAGGCCUGACAGCAUUGAGCCCGCCUUAAGACGACCAGGAAGACUUGACAGGGAAAUUGAAAUUGGUGUGCCAUCUUCUGCACAACGGCUCGAUAUACUUCGGACAAUUCUCAAUGGGAUGCGGCAUUCACUUUCAGAGACACAGCUUGAACAGCUUGCAAUGACAACUCAUGGUUUCGUAGGUGCAGAUUUAGCUGGGCUGUGUUGUGAGGCAGCCUUUGUCUGUUUAAGGCAGCAUCUUGAUCAGAGAAGUUCCUCUAGCAAUUUGCCUCUUGAAGAAACACCUAUUGCUGCUUCUGAGUCCUCGAGAAAUAUGACAGAUGUAUCAUCUAGUUCAGAUUCUGCAUCGUCAUGUAUCACAGUUUCACCCACAACCUCAGGGACUCGGACUUCAGAUAAUUUAAACGGAGCAGUCUCCGUAGUAGAAGAUAAUUUUCAAAACGAUGGCAACUCUAGUUCCGAACAGAUGCUCAGCAGAGAAGAACAUACCUUAAGUGUGGGGUUGGAAGAUUUUGAAGUAGCCAAGAUCAAAAUCAGACCUAGUGCCAUGCGAGAGGUGAUAUUAGAGGUUCCUAAAGUCAACUGGGACGAUGUUGGUGGCCAAAACGAGGUGAAGAAUCAGCUAAUGGAAGCAGUAGAAUGGCCACAAAAACAUCAGGACGCAUUCAAGAGAAUAGGCACAAGACCACCAAGUGGGAUACUGAUGUUCGGUCCUCCUGGAUGUAGCAAGACCCUUAUGGCACGCGCGGUAGCUUCUGAAGCUGGACUAAAUUUCCUUGCAGUCAAAGGUCCAGAACUAUUCAGCAAAUGGGUUGGUGAAUCCGAGAAAGCUGUGAGGUCCCUUUUUGCAAAGGCAAGAGCAAAUGCUCCCUCGAUCAUCUUUUUCGAUGAGAUUGAUAGUCUUGCCUCUAUUAGAGGGAAAGAAAACGAUGGGGUUUCGGUUUCAGAUAGAGUUAUGAGUCAACUUCUUGUCGAGCUCGAUGGUUUGCAUCAAAGAGUUGGUGUUACAGUCAUUGCUGCUACAAAUCGGCCAGACAAGAUUGAUUCUGCGCUCCUAAGACCUGGACGCUUUGACCGGUUGCUGUAUGUUGGACCUCCUAAUGAAGCUGAUCGAGAAGCAAUACUCCAAAUCCAUUUGCGGAAAAUCCCUUGCAGCUCUGAUAUCUGUUUGAAAGAGCUUGCUUCUGGUACUAAAGGGUACACAGGAGCUGACAUAUCGUUGAUAUGCAGAGAAGCAGCUAUUGCUGCACUCGAGGAGAGUCUUGAAGCAGAAGAAAUAAGCAUGCAGCAUUUAAAAGCCGCGAUAAGCCAAGUGGAACCAACGGAAAUUAAAUCUUAUAAAGCACUGUCUGAAAAGUUCCAGAGACUUGUCCACACAGAUCCACAAGGAGACGACGACGAGGUUCCACAACCAGGAAACAAAAUCCAAAGAUCGUCAUUUUCUCUAUGGACACCAUUGAAAUCAGUUGUGAUGUUCUUUCGCCGCCAAAUUGGUUCGUAA